AUGGCUGCCACCAUUGACCCGCAAGUCGAAAAUUAUUUUUCCAGUAUCGAGACAACUGAAGAGGAUAUAGAGCGAAGUUUCCCUAUACAACAUGAGGUCGAAACGACGCAAGCUUUCGCAUUAGGAAGUUUGCCUGUCGGUGAAGCCGCCCAGAUGCUCACUAGCAGAACAGCUAAAGCGACAACGCCAUUUUCCAUGGAUAGUCGUAUGCGCACGCUAUGGUCAUUCAUCAAUAAGACGUCAGUGGCUAUUCCAUCUGCACAGCCCCUUAUCAUACAGCUUUUGAGUGAGAUUCGAAAGCUAGGGCCUCUAGUUGUUCCCAAGGAAGGAGAGGGUGUAGGUUGGGGUAUCGACUUAGAGGAUGGUGAAGCCUGGGAGAAGCUGCCUCAUUGGGCGAAUGACUGGGCAGAUUCGAUAAAUAUGUACGAAGUCGAAUUCUUGAGUUCCCCGAAUAAUCAGAAAGCAAGAGCGGAAUGGGUAUCUGCAACGUCCUAUAGCGCUCAACUAACGGCUACUGGAGACCCUGAACUUAUUGGAGAUUGGUGGUGCUACGUAAACUGCUUUUUCAUCCGUCGAUGUUGUCCUAGCAUCGUAAGAGUUCUCGAUAUUGCCUCGUCAGAUGAUUGCGAGAGGCAGGUACUUGAGAUUUCGGCAGCUGCACCCUUAUUCAUAUAUGCGUCUCAAGAACUACUACAGAGAUCGCUAGCAUCCGAUACGAUUGAAAGUAUGUCGGAGAAAGAUAUAGAUGGUGAGAGGUUAUGGUGGGGUGACAUGAGAAUGCUUACGAUACAGCGGUGGAAGCACUGGAAAGAUAGGUGGAUAGCCCUGAAAGACAGCGAUAUUCUGGAUGAGAGCAAUCGAAAUUUAGCGUCGGAGGCCCUGGAGGCUAUGGCACAAGCAGAGGCAUCUGCAGGAUAA